UUAGCCAAUCUAGCUUUGAUGGACAUCUGCUACAGCUGUAUCACGCCGCCAAAGAUCGUAGUCAAUUUCAUCUCUAGCAGCAGAACCAUCUCCUUCCAAGGUUGCAUAGCUCAGAUCUUUUUCAUUCAUUUUCUCGGCGCAGCGGAAAUGAUCCUUCUUAUCGCCAUGAGCUUUGAUAGGUACGUAGCCAUCUGCCACCCUUUGCAUUAUGCCACCGUUAUGACCAGGGAACUUUGCUGGGUCUUUGUGUUAGGUUCAUGGGCAGGAGGUUUCAUCCACACUAUGAUCCAAGUCAUGCUUAUUAAUCCACUGCCUUUCUGUGGUCCCAAUGAAUUGGAAAACUUCUUCUGUGAUAUCACUCAGAUCGUUAAACUGGCUUGCACCAAUACUGAUACUUUAGAGUUCAUCAUGUUUGUCAACAGUGGCCUUUUAACCACUGGAUGCUUUAUCAUCCUCCUCAUCUCCUACUGGGCACUACUGAUCAAGGUGAGGAUGGGCUCCAGCAUAGGAAAGAGCAAAGCCGCCUCUACCUGCAUCACCCACAUCAUCAUCAUUUUCAUCAUGUUUGGUCCAGCUAUUUACAUCUAUUGCCGUCCCUUACAGAAUGGUCUCUUUGACAAGGUGGUGGCCUUUUAUCAUACUGUGGUUUUCCCUUUGAUGAAUCCCAUUAUCUAUACACUGAGAAACAAAGAGAUUAAAGCUGCCAUCCAGAGACUGCUUGCAAGAUAUAACCUUUGCUGA